AUGAACGAAAGUGCAAAAGCUCCAUGGACUUCUGCUCGAUGCAAUCGGCUUCUUCGCCCUCUCUCCUCCAAGAUUGCUCUCUUGCGCAAGGCUACACUUUCUGAACUCAGGCAUGAUGAACGGAACUCUGGGAUCGCCCCAUCAUCAUCCUCCCAGAAUUCAGCUACUGCGACGAAAGUUGACGUUGAAUGGGAGAAUAGUCCAAGACCUUGGAAGAAGAUUAGGCGUACAUAUUCAUCAAAAACGAAGGUUCGGUCGUUUCGAGAAUUCGUGGACAUCGAUAAAGACCGGGCAUUUGCAGAAGCAACGGAUGCUGCAAUACGAUUGCCUCUUUGUUUGACGGCAGGCCAAGUCAGAGGCAAUGAUGAGGACUUGGCCGCCAAAGACGGUCAACAUGAUAUACAAGGUCAAAGAGCACUGCCUAGAGACCCUCGCGGUACAUCGAAGAACGUGCAAGUCUUCCACAAUUCUCAAGUUCUGGGCUCUGAUGGUUCGACUGGACUGGGCAAUCGAAGACUCAUAGAGGGGAUAUGCAAGGCACUCGAAGCAUUACUAAGGGCUACUACUUGCGAAAAGACCAGUGACCAUCGUGGAGGUCGCUCACUUUACUCUAUCUGCUUAAGGCAGGUUCCUAGUUACAUCGCCGAGGAUCAACGCCUGACCAAUGAUGAGGAUCUCGAAAAUCACAUUGACGUCGCAUCAGAAGUCUACACCGACCUCGAAGCUUUUGGUUCAGUGCCAGACGGUGGUUGGGAGUCUCUCCGAGAAGUGGUAAGAGCCCACGGGGUCAGCCUAGUCGGAGAAGCAAUCCAGGAGGGUCUGAUUGAGAUUUCUCUCUCCUGCCACAUCGUUUCUUUAUGUCUUGGGCUCGCCGCCUACGACGAAGCCGAAUGCGUAAUUGAAUGCAUGAUCACUCUACUAAAAUAUCGGUCUCUUUCACCGGAGAAGAGUACAGUAUUUUGCGCGGGACUCUCUCACCCUAUUAACAAGUCGGCCACAUCGCACCGACUCCAAACCACUCUCCUGACAGAUGAGGCUUCUCGGGUUGCGGGUGCAUUGAAGUAUUGUGCCUCAAAAACUGGCAGGCAUGGCUUUAUGUAUCGCCAAACGGCAGUGAUGCUAGAAGAUGGCAUACUCCCAGUAGGCUGGAUAUCGAGUAAGGCCAUGAUCAAAUGUUGGAAUGGCGCGAUCCGUUCGAUUACACAGCAAGACGAUCAUGCUCGAUCUGCCGCCUUGCUUCUUCAAAUUGCCAUCUCAAAAUCAUACAGGCGAGGGGUCUCGAAUGCGAAAGCUAGCCCUCAAGUUCACGAUCUGAGGCUCCGCGCCUGCGAACCCUUUGCUGUCCGUCCCACUCUCAGAUCGUACAAGUCAAGCCGAGCAGUGGAGACGGUCGCGGAAAGUCAGCCCACUGAAUCAGGAGAAGCCGGGGCGCGACCGGACGACGUAGACAACGCUUUACAGUCUACUUUCUCCAAUGUUCUGACAGUGCUUUCAGCUAUCAACAUUCUUCGAUCGGCCAAGUCGGGAAUGGACUCACGUCAUCCCAACCUUUUGAGCGUGGGGAUACUGCGAGAUGUGGCUUUAGAGAUACGUCAAGUCCUUGAAUUAUCUAACGCCACCUCGUGUGCCAAUCGCAGCUGGUCUGUGCCAGCAAAAUUGUUACGUCUGCCUCUACUCUCAGCGGGACUGGUCUCGGUUACAUCGAGAAAACCUGGCACAGGGAUCGCUCCGAAUGACGUGCUUGACCUGGCUGCACUGGCCAGCCUGCCGUCCAGCAAAGAGUCGUUGAGCAAUGCGGGCUCAUUUCUCGGCGAAGUUGCACGAUGUUGCGAUGAACCAGGAUCAGGCGAUGGCUUCCGCUUCGUACAGGUCAUGGUCCAAGAUCUAAUCUCUGUCGCCACUUCAAAUAUCUACGAUAAGCCAACUCGAAGAUUCUGUUGCGGUAUCGCUCAUGCUGCAGCAUUCGCAUUCUCGGAAGAUACGGGUCAGCCCAAACAUCUUGAAUGGGCUUUAGACGUGGAGGGUACAAUCACACGCACGGUCGACGCCUCACCCAGUAUUGUCGUAGACAAAACCCCAACUCGAGAUGUCAUGCGGAACAAAAGUGAAUACAAAUGGGAGGAGGGCAUAUGCGAAUGGAUUGCAAAGACUCCAGCUUUAGCACUGCAACGGCCUAUCGCCGUGGAAGAUGUCGAUCGUGACAGCACCUACGGGGAGGCACCGAAGUUGACGCUAGUGCAAGCAUUGCCUCUUCUCUCCGGAUUAUCACAAUCACCUUGCGUCACAGACCGGCGGCUCCCUCGGCCAAAACGUAGACAUUUAGGGCGAGGGGCUUCCUGUGACUCCUGUGAAAUUGGGAACGUAGAAGGAAGCUACGGCAAUUCCAAUUCAACGGAGAAGCUAUUUUUCAUCAGGGAAUCCCCACGUCCCCAGAAGGUCCCUCGCACGCAAAUUCUCUCGAAAGUGCACGCCGCAAAUGACCUUGAUGAGCUUUCCACGCCAGAAUCAUCACAAGAAAAGCCUAUUGCGCUGCGAGAGAUACCAAAUCUACCAUCUGGUGGUAAGAAGGAAAUUCCAGACCGAAAGCAUAAUAACAAAGUCAUUGAAAGCUAUAGUUUAGAUAUGCUACGGACGAAAAGGCAUCGACUGGAUACGGAGACUUUCUCCCAAUGUAUGGACGAUGAAUUGGGCUUCCCAUGA